GUUUUGGUUGUUUUCAUCCUUUUUUGUCUAUUCGACUCUCUGCACUUGCAGCAAGCACUGGACCAGUUUAGAGUGCCAGCUCUUUGCCCCGAAGGACGCCUCUCCUUAUUUUUGGCUGCAUGUUCACUGACUAUCUGAUACUGCCACAUCUCAUGGGAGACACGUGUGGCUGAACCAAGGAGGGCGGCAGAAGAGAGAGACCCACCUGAGGAGCACACCUACAGCUGCCCCGACCCACCUGCCCUACAACCCCCCUCCAACCUUCUGCCCCCCACGCACCCCCACCACAGAGGGUGAGAUCUUUGUGUGUAUGAGAAGCUUGGGAUGCUGGUGAUCAUGCUGUUGGCUCCUGUCUGCGUGCUGCUGAUGCUUGGGGGCCGUGCGUUUGCUGGAGGUUACCCCCCCAUCCCUCACGUGAAGUACAUGCAGCCCAUGAUGAAAGGACCUGUUGGACCUCCAUUUCGAGAGGGCAAGGGACAUUAUGUUGAUAUGCCACCUAUGAUGAAAGGGGAACCAGGUCCUCAAGGGAAACCUGGACCAAGAGGCCCUGCUGGGCCACCAGGAUUACCAGGAAAGCCUGGACUGGGAAAACCAGGUCUCAAUGGACAACCAGGGCCUCAGGGACCUCCAGGCUUUACAGGAAUUGGUAAGCCUGGACUCCCAGGUCUCCCAGGAAAGAUUGGGCCAAAUGGAAUGCCAGGAGUUAAUGGCGAGGUUGGACCUCGUGGUGAGCCAGGUCCCCGUGGACUUCCUGGGCCUCCUGGUGUCCCAGGCCCUGCUGGUUUAUCACUGAAUGGAAAACCUGGGCUCCCAGGUAUCAGAGGUCCUCCUGGAGCUCGGGGUGAGCCAGGAUUAAAAGGUAUUUCUGGCCCACCAGGUGAACGUGGACUUAAGGGUGAGAACGGUAAUGGGAAACCAGGAAUUCCAGGUAUCAGGGGGCCACCGGGUCUAAAAGGCAAUACAGGACCCCCUGGUUUUCCAGGUAUUGGCAAACCAGGACAGAAAGGUUUACCAGGACCACCUGGACUUAAAGGUGAUGAAGGACUGCCAGGAAAACUAGGAGAACCAGGACAGCCUGGGCCACCAGGUCUACAAGGUCUUCCUGGGCCAGCUGGGUUGGGGAAGCCUGGUCUAGAUGGACUUCCAGGAACACCGGGUCCAGUGGGUCCUAAGGGUGAACAAGGGACCCGAGGAAAUCCUGGAAUUCCUGGCGCACCUGGCUAUGGAAAACCUGGUCUAAAUGGGCCAAAGGGGGAAAAGGGUCAUGGUGGAUUUCCAGGUGUCCCUGGGGACAAGGGAGAACAAGGAAUAGUGGGUCCAAUUGGGGCGCCAGGUCUUGAUGGACAACCUGGACCACAAGGCAUUCAAGGUCCAAUGGGACUUCCAGGAAAACAUGGAAUGCCAGGCCUGAAGGGAGAGCUAGGACCCAAGGGACCCCCAGGAUUGCCUGGACUCAAAGGUGACCAAGGCCCCAGUGGAAUCCCUGGGCGACCUGGUUUCCCAGGAGAAAAGGGCAUCUCUGGACCUAAUGGUCCUAUUGGUAAACCAGGCCCUAAAGGUGAGCCAGGGCAAAUUGGCCAACCUGGGAAUCCAGGGUUGACAGGUUCUCCAGGGCCUAAAGGUGAGGCAGGCUUUAUAGGGACUCCAGGCCCCAGAGGUCAGUCAGGAAUUCCUGGUCUCCAAGGGCCUAUGGGUCCAAUGGGCCCACAGGGUGCCCCUGGACCAAGGGGAGAAGCUGGACUUCCAGGGCCUCCAGGGUUAGGCAAACUGGGUGACAAGGGUUCAAUGGGUCCACAAGGUCCACCAGGAAAACCAGGGCCUUCUGGGCUUAAUGGUAUGCCUGGUCCACCUGGUCCUCCUGGACCUCCUGGCCCUCCAGGAAAUGGCCAAACUGUUGCUGCAGGGGUCACCGAUGGAGGACUGGGUGGGGAAGAAGUACCUGGGGACAGGAAGGGUCCUGCAUACACUCAAGUUCUCUCUGCCUCACUAGCGCCAGCGUUCACUGCUAUUCUCACCACACCAUUCCCACCUUCCGCCCUGCCAAUCAAAUUUGAUAGGACCCUGUAUAAUGGACAAAAUGCUUACAGCACUUCUACUGGCAUCUUCACCGCUCCUUUAUCUGGCGUCUACUACUUUGCGUACCACAUGCACGUGAAGGGAACUAGCCUGUGGGUGGCUUUGUACAAGAACAAUGUGCCAGCCACUUAUACCUACGAUGAAUACAAGAAAGGCUACAUGGACCAAGCAUCUGGCAGUGCAGUCCUAGAGCUUAAAGAAGGUGACGAGGUAUGGGUUCAAAUGCCCUCAGAUCAAGCAAACGGCCUUUACUCUACCGAGUACAUCCACUCCUCCUUUUCAGGAUUCCUGCUCUGUCCCACAUAACCUUUUCUUCUUCUUCUUCUUCUUAUUCUUCUUCUUCUUCUUCUUCUUCUUCUUCUUCUUCUUCUUCUUCUUAUUCUUCAAAAAAAAAGUUCUUAUAUUUGUGACUCAGAUCAGCCCUAUACCCAAGACACCUGCAGCCAUAAUAAAAACACACAAAAAAACAUAACAUGUUAAAAAAAUACUACAAUCACAUUAUUUCUCUCACCUCCAACAGUCUCAGUUUGAAAAAAUAAAUAAAUUGUGAAUUCUAUAUGAAAUGUUAAAAGGCAGGGGAAGGAUUGUUAUACUGUGUUCUUUUAAUGUCCUUCAAAUGUAUGUUUUAGGUUAUAUUUUGUGAUGUUUUUUAGCCUAUAUAAUUUUAAUUAUUAUAUUGUCAUAUUUUGUUGUUAUUAUUUGAACCUUGUCAUCAGUAUCGCUUUUGUCUGUUUGAUUUAGACUUGUAAGUGCCUUACACGUAAAGAGUGAGUAACAGACCUUCCCGUGUGACUGCACAUACUGUCAGACAAUAUGGUCACCAAAACAUGGGGCGGGAGGGAGACACGUUUCCCCGGCAGCAGUUGCUUCUGUGUGUGUAAUUUAAAUAAUUAUUUGGGGGAAAAAAGAAAAAGAAAAA